AAAGACUUUACCGGAAAAGGACGAAAAACAGGGAAAACGAGGACGCUUCUACAAUAAUUAUUAUUUCCGUAAACAAACUGAUAAUAUUAAAAUUGUAGCCUUUCGAGGUGGAAGGAACCACUGCAAGUUGCCGGUGAUAGACUCGCUCCGCCCCGCUGGAGCUGGAGGGGAUUUGGGAGUGAGAGAAGCCUUAGGGUGGCUACUACUAGGACGGUUUUGCUUACUCUGGAAUCAGAACGGAUGCUUCUUUCACACAUGAAUGCCCGACAUCAUGCUUGAUGCCCGGCUGUGGAAGAAGUAGCUGCGUUGCCUGGAAGAAUCCGUCUGGAGCUUGGCUGCUACUUCCCAGCAUUUCCUCCACUUUGUUACCGUUAUUUUCAUCUUUUCUUUUUUCGUACUCUACAAGAGUAACAAGAGUAAAGUGCUUCCAUGUUUAAAUGGAAGCAACUUCAUGUGACUUAAAUAUAAAUACGGUUUAUUGAACUUGUGCAAGCUAACCUAGCUAACACUACAACCAACAAGAGAACUGUUUACUACUUCCUGUUUGUUCCAAAUUUAGUUGUGAGGCUCUGCUCAUCCAUGUCUCCCUCGGCAUCUAAUGGAAGAUAAAGCAUCCCCCAGGUUGACCAUGGUUUCGAGACUACCCAAGUUUGGCGGGCGUUCUGCGAGUGGCGGCGCCGCCCCCCUUUCAAACGGAUUGCCUACCCAAGAUACCAAGACCACUUCUCCUCCUCCUGCGGUACCCCAGCCAAAUGGCGUGAUUCGGAGCUCUCCUUUUUCCCUGAAAUGGAAGAAAGAUGAAGGGAUGACCCCCUCCAGUGUCACUGCCCCCACCAGCCCUGUGGAUGGAGGUAAGGACCAGGGUUCGAGAACUCUUUCCACACCGGCAAAAGCCCCGGGGACACCUAUAAUGCGGAGGUCAGGUGCAUUGAUGGUGGCUGUCUCGAGCCCCAAAGCCGUCCCUAAGCAAUCCUUAAAGCUUGGUCCCAAAGAAGGAACCAAACCGGGUCCUAUGAACAGAGUACCUAAAACAGACCAAAAUGACUCCACAGGGUCUGAGUCCCGCCUUGCACGACCCAAGUUACACUCCCCAAGAAGCAGCUCCCAAGACAGCCUUUCCCAGUCCAGCGAAAGCUUGAAAACCUUGGCGCUGGACAAGAUGGUGCGUUCAAACAGCUUCACACACUUCAAGCAGAUUCCUUCUCCCAGCAGCCAGCCAAUGAUACGCUCCUUCUCCUUUACCCGGGCCGUGGAACUGGCCAGACCUCUAACCAACACUCAGCUCAAACCGCCUCGGAGUAGUUUCCUCAAACCUCCACAGCUCAGCAACGGUAGAUUAAGUUUAGGACCCGGAGGUUUGAAUGUAAACCAUGCAGGGUCUGGUUCUUCUGCUGGUGGGGUCGGAGCUCUUCAGUAUAGCAGAACCCCUCCUGGUAGCUCCACAUCGACAUCUCCAGCGCCGAGUACUCCCAGUGCUUUGAAGAAACCUCUUUUUUCCACUUUGAACAAGACGCUUGGGAAUACUAACGGAUCUUUAGGCUACAGGCAGGCAAAAGCGGGACAGACCAAACAAGGGAAGACGUCUUUUCUUCCAGGUUGGCUUAAAGGAGACAUCAAACCUUUGUCUGCACUUCAAUGUGGAACUCUCUCAAAGACUGAAAGAGAUGCUGAGCCAGCUGGAAAUGCUGAAGAUUCCGGUAAUGGUCAGAUUCCUUCUCAUGGAAAAGAAGAGUACAACAACGGUCCGAUCCAAACGUCAGCAGAUCAUGGAGGAGGUGAUGCUCAGGAGGACAUGUCCCUGUCUUCUGCUUCUUCCCUCGACAGAGAGAACACUAGUGAAGAGUUUCCAGACGACUUGGACAGUGUUGGAGAUGUAUUGAGCGAUGGAGACCUUCAUGAUAACAAGAAGUCUGACUUUGAUAGUUUUAUCAGUGAGAACUGUGACUGGGAUCUGGCAGACCAGGAUGAAGAGAGCCCCAUGCAGGACUCCCAGGGACCGCUUGUGAGGUCUGUGGUGGAGGGUGAUGUCUGCCAGGCUUCAUCCUUGGAGCUGUCACCUUCAAACAGCUCUGGGGGGACCUAUAUGUGGGAUGAAGAAGGUCUGGAACCACUCGGAGGCCCCGGGACCAUGGAUCCAUGUGAUUUAUAUGAUGACUCCGACCUCAGUAGCAUGGAUAUCCUGAACAACCUGCACCCCGCUGGAGCUGGAGGGGUGGAUGACGACAAUGAUGAUGAUGAUGACCUCAUGCUGGACAUUGACCUCCCAGAGGAUAGCGUGCACGAUGCUGACAGGAUGUCAAACGGCCCGAGCACAGCCCGUCGGCAAGGGCCGCGGCGUAAGCAUCAACGCUGGAGUGGAUCCGAUGGCUUCGAUGGACGGGCAAAUUUCUUCCAGCACUACGACAGCUUCAAAUCUUCACAGGCCGUCCCCUCUGAAGCGACACGGCAGGGCUUCACCGUGCUGGAUGAAGCGUCGCUGCAACACAUGAGCCAGGACUGCAGCUCGGUCAAGAAGCAGCUACUCAGGCUGAAAAAACUACUACAGCUCGAGGAUACAGACUCGCCAGCAGCAGAUGUUACUGAGGCGAUUGAAAGCAAUACCAAUACUACGACACAGCUCGAGGAGCUGCUGAAGGAAGUGAACGUGCUGAGAGAAGAAGUGAAGACAAGAGACAAGACCAUUGUUCAGCUCACUCUGCAGUGUCAGCAGCUGGAGCAGCAAAAGCGGGAGCAAACGAUCGCUCAAGGACGGCAGGUACGGUGUCAGUGCCACCAGCAGAGGGCGCCGUCGCUUCUACGACAGCCCGGCGACAAGCGAACGCAUCACCGUUAUGACAAAGCCACCCAGACACACUGGAGACCUCCAAACCAGUCCCUUCAAAUACCUUUCAACCUCAGCGAGCCUUCCCAACCGGGAAGACCGGUAAGAACUCUCACCGAGGGCCGCAGUGACUCGACGAGGGACGCGACGGACGCAGGAGCCCGUUUUGAUGAUGACGGUCCUCUUGAUGCCUUCACGUCGGCACUGAAGCUGAGUCACCUCGUCGGUUUAAGCUCAGGGGCUCAAACGGCAGCUGCGCCGCUCCACCCGCCCGUUCCUACAUCCUCGGAACCUCCUCGCCGUCGCACAGGCACGUUGCUUCCUGCCGUCAAAUCGUCUUCCCUGAAGCUUUCGUCUGACAGAAGCAGGCAGCUGCCCCCUCCGUCCAGAGGUCUUCCUUCCUUUAACGCCGGCCCCCGGCCUCACCUUCCGAACCUGCGUCGCACCUCGCCGCUUCGGCUUGGCAACUCGGAGAACAAAACGCCCGGUCGCUCGUGUCUCCCCAAGCCAAAAAACCCCUGAGGAGGUUUCCGGCGAACCAAAAUAGCCAUCACUGCGGACUAGCUCGGAAUAUGUAGCAGCAUGUGGACGCGAACGGAACGUGUCGUUUUUUUAUUCCCACGCCGCCGUCUAACUUAUUAACUCAAUUUAAAGCUACGCCGGAGCCGUGCCCCCGCCGACCCGCAUGCACGGAAACAUUAAAGACGGCUCAGACAGACGUGACCUUUACUGUGUAGAGCUGAACGGCCCCGUGGGUGAAGGACGGAGGCCAGGAACCAGGCAGCGUAAAAGAAAGGAGAAGGAGGAGAGAGGAAGGAGGUUAUCUGACUGGACAUGAGGUACACCUUCACACGUUUAUAAUAUUCUACUCAAAUUAUGCCUUUAUGCACACAUAACAAUCCCUUCCACGAUUUUUUAUGAAGGAGUACAAUCGUACCGUGCUACGGUACUCUUUGCUAGUACAAUCACUUUUGAUUCGAUCCUUCUUUCAUUGAACGCUCGAGUUUUGGAUUAUUUAUUAUUAUUAUUAUUAGUUUCCAUUAUGAAAUAUGUUGUUAUCAUUACGAAGCUACGAUGCUAUGACUUCCUAAGUUGUGCCAGUACAUCCCGUCCAACUGUGCCAAAGAAUCGGAUCGCAAAGAAAUAAAAAUAUUAUAAUAGAAAAAGAGUCUAAAUUAAUCCAAAAAUAGUCAAAACCGUCCGAUUAAAAAAACGUAUCAUAUAAUUAAUGCGAUCGCUUUCAUGCCAUUGUGUAAAAAACAAUAAAGUAGGGUUAUUUUGUUUAUAUAUUUAUAUUCUAAUGGCAGCAAAAACGUCGGGAAAGAAACAAUAACAAAAGAAAAUCAAAGCAAUUUGUUGUCAUACUGCAAACAUAAAAGAUGCAAGGAUGCGUUCAGGCAACCAGACUAAUCAAAACACAGAUAUAUAUAUACGGUAUAUACGGUAAUAACAUUGACUGGUGUGUUGUUGUGAUGAGUAGAUUGGGUAUAUAUAAAUAGGUAUGUAGUUCAAUGACAGGAAACUGGAAGAUACAAGACGAGUGAGCAGAGGUACCUGUUUAGUUCGCCUGAAAAACUAGUAUUCUUACGCUAUGAUUAGUACAAUAUAUCCUGUAGAAAAAAAGGUGGGUUUACUUCCUUCCACAGUGGAACUUCUACUAGGUCUGGGUUGAGGACAGAUAUUCGGGACCACAGAUUGUUUUCAAAGUGAGUUCCUGUAUCAAAACUGUCGUCCAACAUGAUACAGAAGAAUCUGUUUUAGGAAACAGAAAUUCUAUUGGUGUGAAUAAUUAAAGUAAAUUAAACAGACCCAUUUGGAUCAGGAACAGGAAGUCCAUGGAAACACUGCAGACAGAGGUGCAGAAUCUGGAAGAUCUAGAAAGCUUUCUGUGUGGGUUAUUGUGUGUAGCGGCUCUAUAGGAGUCCACAACACAAUACAAAAAUGAGCACAAUAGGUCCCAUUUAAAGACUUGAGACUUGCUCAACAUCGCCUUGCUGUAAGAAAAGUAUCCUGAAAUGACUUCUGUUGAGUAUGGAAGCCCGUUUCUACUGAAAAAAAAAAAAAAAAAAUCCCAAUGGUAAGUUGAAAUAAUGAGAUAAAAAUUUGAAAUUCUGAGAUAGAAAGUCGAAAUAACGAGUUAAAAAGUCAAAAUAAUGAGAUAAAAAGUCGAAAUAACGCAAUAAAAAGUCAAAAUUACAAGAUAAAAAGUCAUAAUUAUGAGAUAGAAAGUCAUAACGAGAUAAAAAGUCAAAAUUAUGAGAUAAAAAGUCAAAAUUUCGAGUUAAAAAUUCAUAAUGAUGAGAUAGAAAGUCAAAAUAACGAGAUAAGUCGAAAUUGCGAGAUAAACAAUCAAAAUUUUGAGAUAAGAAUGGUGAAAUUAUGAGAUAGAAAGUCAUAAUAAUGAGAUACAAGUUGAAAUAACGAGAUAAAAAGUCAAAAUUAUGAGAUAAAAAGUCAAAAUUUUGAGUUAGAAAGUCAUAAUAAUGAGAUAGAAAGUCGAAAUAACGAGAUCAGUCGAAAUUAUGAGAUAAAAAGUCAAAAUUUUGAGAUAAGAAAGGUGAAAUUAUGAGAUAGAAAUCAUAAUAAUGAGAUAAAAAGUCGAAAUAUCGAGAUAAAAAGUCAUAAUAAUGAGAUAGAAAGUCAAAAAUAAUGAGAUAAGUCAAGAUUACCAGAUAAAAAGUCAAAAUUUUGAGAUAAGAAAGGUGACAUUAUGAGAUAGAAAGUCAUAAUAAUGAGAUAAAAGUUGAAAUAACGAGAUAAAAAGUCAAAAUUAUGAGAUAAAAAGUCAACAUUUUGAGUUAGAAAGUCAUAAUAAUGAGAUAGAAAGUCGAAAUAACGAGAUCAGUCGAAAUUACGAGAUAAAAAGUCUAAAUUUUGAGAUAAGAAAGGUGAAAUUAUGAGAUAGAAAUCAUAAUAAUGAGAUUAAAAAGUCGAAAUAUCGAGAUAAAAAGUCAAAAUUUUGAGAUAGAAAGUCCUAAUAAUGAGAUAGAAAGUCAAAAUAAGAUGAAGGGGAGCGAUCGCAUUAAUUAAAUGACGCUUACUUAUUGGAUUAUUUCAAGUGCUUAUUUUCUUUUACUCGUUAUCAUAUUUUACUCGUUAUCACAUUCGAUGACGAUGCUUCCUUGCCUUGGCCCAACUCUUCCAUUGGUGCCAAAGGAGGACUCGGACCGACCGCGUGCCCUAAGUCCUCUAAACGGCGAGAGGUUUAUGUUCCGUGUUACCAUCAAACAUCUACUGCAUGCCGAGCCGAGCGUCCCCCCCCCCAAAAAAAACAAUAAACGAUGGAGCCGUUGAGGCUAUUUGUAGAAAAAGCGUGAGGCGGAAUGGGUUUGUUUGCGACGCGAGGAGUCGCCCCGGCCCCUCUCAGCUGUUGUCACUCAUCACUUCUUAAUGCCCAGCCAGGAAUCCAUGUCCUCUGUUUGUGUUUGUCAAGACAAACAUGAUGCCAAGGAGAAGAAGCGGCACAAGAGGCAGGAGGCCCCCGCAAUCCUCCGCUGUAAUCUCCUAAUCAAUGUCCUCCUCGGUCACUUUAAGAGGCUGGCCAAUCAGUCUCGGGUAAAGCCAGAAACAAAAACACUGCAGCAGCCGUGGAUCAAUUCCCACACAGGGAACUUACUUAACUUGUUUUUGCAACAACACUUUUUGUGUUGGGGGGAGAAAAAAUAAAUCUGAAGCUGCUUUUGCACCAAAAGGUGCAAAAAAAUGGUUUAGUUGGAUUGCAGCAUUCAGUGGAGUUAAGUAAGACGUUCACAGGAAGGCCACCAAGGGGCCUCCAGAGAUGGAGAGAUGGAGAGAUGGAGAGAUGGAGAGAUGGAGGGAUGGAGGGAUGGAGAUAUGGAGGGAUGGAGGGAUGGAGAGAUGGAAGCAUGUUGUCACUUUUCAAGCUUUCCUUUUCACCUCAACUUGGCUGUAGAUGACAAAUAUUGGAAUUGGUUCACACAUUAAAGACCUCAAUAAGUCAUAGCUUUUAUAGGUAAGACAGAGUAGUAAAAAAAAAAACUUUCAAGAAUAAUGUUUUUUUUUAAAAAAGUUGCCGAUUUAAAACAAUAAAGUCAGAAAUUUUACGAGGAAAAAGUCCAUUUAGGAGAAUAAAGUCGUGAAUUUUAUGAGAAAAGUGUUAAUAUUACCUUUAUCUAGUGGUGGUGUUAUCAGGACUAUUUUGUGGGUGUAUUUACAAUAUUUACAGUUGACUAAGAGCUAAUAUAUUUUAAUAUAUGAACACAUUAGAGUGAUUAUGUCAUUAAAAAAUAAUAAAAAUAAAAAAAUA